CCACCGCCGUCUCGACAAUGGCUUCGUUUGCCAAGGCUGUCCUUCGUCCCGUCGCUGGCGCCUCGAGGGGCGCCGUCCUCUCACGAUCGGCCCUUCCUUCGGCCGCUCGUUUUGUCCAUAUGACGGCCGACUCUACAAGUCUGGCGUCGCCCACUUCGAUCCAUGACAUCAAGCCCACCGAGACUUUCACUACGCAGCUGUCGCCCGAGUCGUUCAAGGCACACCUGCUGUCGGAAGACCAGUUGCCCUCGCUCGAGGUCGAGACGUCCAAGGAGCACCUUGUCAAGCUCUACGAAGAGAUGGUCAAGAUGAGGAGGAUGGAGAUGGCCGCCGAUCAGCUCUACAAGCAGAAGCUCAUCCGUGGUUUCUGCCACUUGGCUAUCGGACAGGAAGCCGUCGCCGUUGGUAUGGAGAGCGGAAUGAAGCCCUCGGAUAAGCUCAUCACCGCCUACCGGUGCCACCCGUACACGGUCCAGCGCGGAGGCACGAUCAAGAGCGUCAUUGCCGAGCUCUUCGGUCGCGAGGCUGGUAUCUCUAAGGGCAAGGGUGGCUCUAUGCACAUGUUCACGCCUACCUUCUUUGGAGGAAACGGCAUCGUCGGUGCUCAGGUGCCCGUGGGAGCCGGUAUCGCGUUUGCACAGCAGUACAUGAACACACAAGACGCAGUCUUCAGCAUGUACGGUGAUGGCGCGUCCAACCAGGGACAGGUAUUUGAGGCAUUCAACAUGGCCAAGCUCUGGAACCUGCCCUGCGUCUUUGUGUGCGAGAACAACAAGUAUGGCAUGGGCACGAGCGCCGAAAGGAGCAGCAUGAACACAAAGUACUUCACCAGGGGUGAUGUGAUCCCCGGUCUCCAGGUAAACGGCAUGGAUGUCCUCGCUGUCCACCAGGCUACCGAGUGGGCCAGCAAGUACACACUCGCUGGCAACGGCCCUCUCAUCCUUGAGAUGGUCACCUACCGCUACGGCGGUCACUCGCUCUCUGACCCGGGAACGACGUACCGAACUCGUGACGAGAUUGCCUCAAUGCGAAGCAGCUCGGACCCGAUCCAGGGUCUCAAGACGAAGAUCCUCGAGUGGAGCGUCACUGACGAGGGCUCGCUCAAGAAGAUUGACAAGGCUGCCAAGGAGGAAGUCGACCAGGCCGUCGAAGAGGCCAAGCAGAGCCCAGAGCCGGCAGUCAAGGACUUGUGGACAGACAUCUACUACAAGGGCACGGAGCCCGACUGGAUGCGCGGCCGUGAGAAGGAAGAGAUUCACAGGUACCGUUGAGUUCAGGUUCGAUUCGUCAAUGUCACUGGUAGAAUGAAAUUUGUAGAAGAU